AAAGAUCUUUGCUCAGACCCUUCCGCAUUCUGCUUCCAAAAUCCCCAUCACUCACAAAAUGGCGUAUAUUUGACUAGUUUGGGAAGUAUAGAUGGCACUGUUUCUUGAAUUGGUCAACACUGUCACGAUCGUGCUGAUCAAGCCUUUGUCACUGCUCAAACUCACUUGCUUCUUCGGUGUGAGAACGAUAUGCAUUGUUAUCCAAACCUGGACAGAGCUGCUGAGAGCUGCUAUGGGUUUUCAUGCCAGCUUACUCUGGAGACUGAUAAUUUGGGCUAUUGCUAUUCUGUCCCUGCCAAUACGAAGUUUAACUGCUCUACAGAGGGAAAGGAUGCUGGAAAUGCAUCUUCAGCAAAUGCAGACAGAGAUAGAGAACCUUUUAUGGGAAAGGAAGGAACUUAAGAAGAGACUGCAGGUAGCCAUCAAAGAUAAAAAGAUAAUGCAGGUCAUGUUAGCAGAACUUGAGGAUGAACAUGAUGAGGCGAUACUCAAAAUUGAGCAAUUGGAGGGCCAGCUUCAGGAUCUGAAGGCACAAAAUCAACGGUUGAAUGAAAGUCAUGGUAAAGCACUUUGGGGCCACAGAGACCAUGUUUAUAUAGGCAAUGGCCAAAUAUUGCAUGGCGACGGCAAUGCAAUUCCAUCUUGGAGAUCAAGUGGUAUCGAGAGUAUGACCAUUGACCACGAAAGAAUGCAAGAGGAUGCCCUGGAAGAUAAAAGCAAAAGUGAAACUACGUUAAACCGUGAUUUUAUGGGAGCUAGAUCCUAUCAAUAUGUCAAACCAUGUAUUCCUACCACCUCCGAGGAUGUUGACACAAGUAGUGUGUUACACCAACGAAGGGAGCUAGCUUUUACACAGACCCUUUUUAGUGCAAUAUUGUCACUUUUAGUUGGAACGAUCGUAUGGAAAGCUGAAGAUGCAUGCAUGCCUCUUGUCCUCGCGCUAUUUACUGUCGUUGGCAUGUCCUUGUGGAGUGUUGUCCAGUUUUUCUCAACCAUCAAGAACAGACCCGCAUCUGAUGCAGUUGCUCUCCUAAGUUUUAACUGGUUUUUACUCGGAACGCUAACAUAUCCCACGUUGCCAAGGAUCACUCCUCUAUUUGCACCAGCUUUAUGGAGCCUCUCUGACAGGGCUGUGGAGUUGCUUGGUUUCUAAUCCUAAGCUUUUGCUUUUGUAACCAGCAUACACUACAUUGCUAUAUUCCCUUUUCUGGGACUCAGUGUGCUUUGUUCUUGCAGCUUGUACAGUAAACGUUCAUUAAUCUUAGUUCUUUCUUUGGGCUGUGUUAUGAUGAAAGAGUUUGGUUUUGCUUAAACAGUUGUACAAUAACUGGCUUGGCAAGCAUAAAUGUAAUAUUAGAGUAAUAAUUAACCGACGCGACUA